AUGGCGACAUUGGACCCGAAUGCGUGGUAUCGCAUCUCCGAAACACGCGUCGACAACAGCACCGGCCCCUUCGCCCUCAACCUGCAGCUGCGCACCGAGGUCAAUGGUCUCAGAGUCCAUCCGAUAACAGGUGGAACAGCGGCCUGGCAGUUCCAGCCCUAUGGCGAUGUCAAAGGCCGCUACCUCAUGCGCCUCGACCAGACCGGUGUGAAGGCGCAGCUGAGCGCAUGCUACGACUCGGGCGAACCAGCCACGGGGAACACCAUUGCUUGUAUGAAGGAGUCUUCGACGGACGAAGCUCAGUUGUGGGAUGUGUCUGACUUUGGGUCGGGAACCUUCAAGUUUGUCAACGUGAAGAACGGGACCAGCUACGUGCUGGACGUGCACCCGAAAGACAACCUGUUCAUGUCCAACGAGAUCGACGGGUCUGAGGGUGUCGCAGAAAAUCAACUUGCUCAACAUUGGGUUUUGUCAAGCGUUAGCGCCGUCAAUGACGGCGCCUACUCUACCAUUUAUUCUGGCAACGUUGCUGUCAGCACUAACUCAGCUGCGCUUUCAUCCUCUGCAACUACCACCACCCGAACAACCACAACUUCCACCUCCACAGGAUCGACACAAACAUCUUCGACAACAGGGACUGCGUCCCCUGCCGACGCGAUGAGCACGCCCACCGCGACCAGUACGCCGUCCAAGGGGAUUUCAACCGCUGCCGGAGCGGGCAUCGGCGUCGCUGUUGCGCUCAGCGUCGUGGGAUUGAUAGGGGCGGUGGCAUUCUUCUGGUGGCGACGAUCCCAGCGACCGAAAACGAAAUACAGCGAAGUCGAAGCGAAAAACGGCGAGCACCCCGACCGAGGUUCUUCAAUAGGCAUUUCACAAUCUGGCGAGAGCGCGCCUUCUUCAUUACAUGGCGUUUCCCCGACCGUAGGAGUAUCGAGCUUGAAUGCAUGGCAGCCAGCAUCAUCCGUCUCCGUGCCGCCAGCAUCAUCCUUCGUCAACGGGCAACCGCAGCAAUCCGGAUACUACGCCCCGGGACAGCAAGCGACCGGCGGUCAACAGGGUGGAUAUUAUAUGGAUCACCAACAACAGGCCAUCGGGGGACAGCAAGCUGCCGUCUACGCCGGCGGGCAGCCGAUGACUAUCACCGAACAGCAGAAUAUAACGUAUGUGAGCGGGCCGUCGCCAGUCACGGGGGGAUCAUAUGGCGGGCAGCAAUCAGACUUUGCUGGCGGAGACGGGCCGAUCGCAUCACUUUAUGGGCAACGACUUCCGCCGACGACCAGUCAGACACCAGGCGCUUCGAUCUAUGGACAGCGAAAUGCUCCGACGGGCGGAUCCGCCUCGCUCUACGGACAAUCAAUAGGGCCAACAACCACAACCGCUCCUGCGGUUCCCCGUCAUCAGUUCGACCAUCCGACGGCCGCUGCCGAAUUCGCCCCUGGAGCAGCCAACACAUCGGCACAGCGAAACGUUUAUGGCGCCAGCCAAAACCAAACCAGUUCCACAGUUAAUCUAGCGGAUUUUGAGCCGAUGCCUCAGCCACACGAACUAGAGGCUGCGGAGCGAGAGAUCGUGCGGCGACAACACGAGCUGGGUACCUUCCACCACGGCCCGGAUCUUUCUCUGAAUGAACAGCCAGCAAAGGCCCCGGAAGCCCCAAAGGUUGAGCUGAGUGCUUAUCAGCAUGGGCCCGACACUUUCUCACGGAACGAGGCCAAGAUGUUGGGAGCGCCGACGGCCGAGCUGGGAGCAUACCAGCACGGCCCUGACACAUUUGAGAACGAACACGAAGCCAAGGUCCUGGGAGCAUACCAUCCCGGGCAAGAUGCAUUUACGCGGGAGCGCGAGGAUAAGGUGCUUGGCAGCUUUCACGACAUGAUGAAAUUGGCAAAACCCACAGGGCGGAGUGCAGAGCCGCAGUCGUAUGAGAUGAAUCCCAUACGGCCUACGAGGGGAGCACAUGGCGACACAAACAGAUGA